UGUUGCUAGUCACGUGGCUCACGGCGCACUCUGACGUCACGCCCUGCCUGACGGAGGAAAGGAGGAAGUGUCCCAAGAUGGCGUCGUGCACUGAGGCCGGGGAGUUGGCGUUGUAGGCUGGAUUAAGCGGCGUGUGCGGAGUGGCUGAGCUGUGGACUCUAAAUGGAUUCUAGGAAAUCGGCUUCAGACUUACACGGGCCAUUUAGUCACCUAGAAGAUGUCCCGUUCAAGAUUGGCGACAAGUUCAGAGUGCCAGAUAAAGUCGGCUUACCUAUCGGGUUCUGUAUGCCAGACAUUAGUCAUCUUCUAAGUGAGGCUCAGUAUGACUUCUCUUUGGAGAAGAAGACCAUCCAAUGGGCUGAGGAGGUAACACAGAUUAAAUCUGCCCAACGAGAAGCCGAACGGAAGUCGGAAGCCUCUCGUUCCCAAGCAGACCUUGACACUAAGGGCGAGAGCGAAGAAAAUGAGGCCGUUGGUCGCCCACCUUCCCUCCACCCCAUAAACGUCAGCCUCCAGCACAACAGCAUCCUUACUCCUACCCCUGCCAACAGCCGUGCCAUACCCCAAAAAGUGCUGAGCACCAAGGCGGACUUCAACCCUGCCGACUUCGAGUGCGAGGAGGACCCGUUUGAUAAAUUGGAGCUAAAAACGAUUGACGAAAAGGAGGAAUUAAAGAACAUCAUCCUUGAGGUUCAUAUCAGCCCUGUUGCGGACCCGGACCUGGACUCGAGUCAUACUGACACCGUCCAGGGCUCGCAGGCUUUGGUGAAAGAUGAGGAUACCCACACCACCAUCAAACAAGAAGCACUGGACUUCAAGCACCUGCGAAAACCCAAUGGUUUGAUCACUUUAUUGCAGCUGGAGGACUGUGAACUGCCCCCGUCUUCCCAAGUGUCCCUUGCUCCCAUCAACUCAAUCAGCAAUAUCAAAUCCCUGUUUUUCCCCAAAAUAGACUCUGAUGACAGUGACCAGAAGACAGCAUUCAUAAGCACUACCUGCCUGCCCAACGGCACAUUCCGGGACUCUAUAAUAUACUCUUCUCCAAACAAUGGCAGUGAUCUGAACGGGCACCUUACUCGGGGUCAGGCCUCACAUUUAGACAGUGGGAUUGCACAGCCCACCUUACCUCCUUCCUCUCUAGCUUCCGUGGUAUCUGUUCCUGGUAAAGAUGGAAUAGCACGGACCUGUUUGAACAGUGAUCCUAAGACCACCGCUCAUCAGGUAGCAAUGUCCAAAGUGCCCAAUAACUUCACCAGUGUGACGCGACUCAACGUCCCGGGCUACGAGGCGCUCCUGCAGGCGUUAUCCAGUAGCGAACGGCAGUGUGCGGAGACCAUCGUCAGUAUGGGAUAUUCUUAUGAACAUGUCAUGAGAGCCAUGCAGAAACAAGGACAGAACGUGGAGCAGGUUCUGGAGUACCUGUUCAUCCACUCCCAGCUGUGCGAGAAAGGCUUCGACCCUGUGCUGGUGGACGAGGCUCUGGAGAUGUACCAGUGUUCAGAGGAAAAGACAAUGCUGUUCCUUCAGCUGAUGAGCAAGUUCAAAGAGAUGGGAUUCGAGCAGAAAGAGAUCAAAGAGGUUCUGUUACUACACAACAAUGACCAGGACAAAGCUCUGGAAGAGCUCAUGACGCGGGUUUUACACUGAAAAGCCAGCUGAAGUAUAUAUAUUGUAAGAAGUGCCCUUUAACUUCCAAACUUUCCCCUCUUCCGAGGAAUUUGCGCUGAAUUUUACAG